AGCUGCAGCUCUGGUCCACUCCUCUCCUCCUGUGUUUGAGGAUUAACGAGGCUGGGAGCCUUGAUAAGAGCACUGGGAUUGAAAAGAUCACACAGAGCUGGAUUAUUGUUCCCGUUGGAAACUGGUGAGGAGGUACCAGGCUGACCUGGACUGGAUUUAUUGUCUAUGGAGAAUUGAGGUCAAGCUAUAAGCAGUUCUGGUGAUAGCAUCAAGUAAGAACAGUUUUUGCUGCACAGGUGACACUGGGACAUGCAGAAAAAGAAGAAGACCUUUUUCUGUGCCUGAUGACCUCAGUCCAGAGGAGAGACAGGAGCUGGAGAGCAUCCGCCGCAGAAAACAAGAGCUACUGCAGGACAUACAACGGCUGAAGGAUGAGAUAGCAGAGGUUACCAGUGAGAUUGAAAGCCUGGGCCUGACUGAAGAGAGGAAAAGCAUGCAGAGGAGCAAACAGAUGGCCAUGGGCCGAAAGAAGUUCAACAUGGACCCCAAGAAGGGAAUUCGUUUCUUGAUCGACAGCAACCUGCUGAAAAUCACCAGCGACGACAUUGCCCAGUUUCUCUACAAGGGAGAGGGGCUGAACAAGACGGCCAUCGGCGACUAUCUGGGGGAGAGAGAUGACUUCAACAUCAAGGUCCUACACGCCUUCCUGGACCUGCACGAGUUUACGGACCUGAACCUGGUGCAGGCGCUCAGGCAGUUCCUGUGGAGCUUCAGGCUGCCUGGCGAGGCUCAGAAGAUCGACCGCAUGAUGGAGGCGUUCGCCCAGAGAUACUGUCACUGUAACCCUGGAGUGUUUCAGAGCACAGAUACCUGCUACGUGUUAUCAUUCGCGGUGAUCAUGCUGAACACCAGCCUACACAACCCCAACGUGAAGGACAAGCCCUCUGUGCAGAGAUUCACAGCAAUGAACCGGUGCAUCAACGAUGGAGGCGACCUGCCGGAGGAGCUGCUCAGGAACCUUUACGACAGCAUCAAGAAUGAACCCUUUAAGAUCCCAGAGGACGAUGGGAACGACCUCACACACACCUUCUUCAACCCUGACAGAGAGGGAUGGCUGCUGAAACUCGGAGGUGGACGAGUUAAGACCUGGAAGAGACGCUGGUUCAUUCUCACAGAUAACUGCCUCUACUACUUUGAAUACACCACCGAUAAAGAACCCAGAGGAAUUAUCCCACUGGAAAAUCUGAGCAUCAGAGAAGUGGAGGACUCCAAGAAACCGAACUGCUUUGAGCUCUUCAUCCCUGACCACAAAGAUCAGGUGAUCAAGGCCUGUAAAACGGAGGCCGACGGGCGCGUCGUUGAGGGAAACCACACUUUUUACAGAAUCUCUGCCCCGACCGCAGAAGAGAAAGACGAGUGGAUCAACAGCAUCAGAGCUGCCAUCAGCAAGGAUCCGUUCUAUGAGAUGCUGGCUGCUCGAAAGAAGAAGGUGUCGUCUCUGAAGGGCCUGUAGCGCAGAGGACUCCGCUCUGAAGAAGCUCCUCCUGUUGCACUUUGAACCUUUGCACCUUCAGUGCCAACGUCCUUCUUACAGGUUUGACUGCUUCAUGGCAUCAUCUUUAGAUGAAGCCUGUCUGUCCGUCCGGACCACCUGGGGCAGUACUGCAGGGCUCUUUGGCCUCAGAGCUGCUCCGACAUAAAUCUCCUCCUGAACUAAAACGAUAUCAGCUGGAAAAGUCUUUGCUUUAGUUUGCUGCCAUGUUUUUUUUUAUGAGCCCGUUUUAAUUUUACUGCUGUUCUUGGUGCAAACCUUGAUGGAAAAUGAAAGCAGUGCAUAAACAGCUAAAUAUUUAUUUAUUCUGAUUUCUUGUAAUUUAUUGUUUUGUUCCAUUAAAAUUACAUUUUCCAUUUUUCA